AUGGCCCAGCAGAUGUCUCCUGGGCAGCACGGGUCUGAAUGCAUCCAUGAUAAUGCCCAGUCUCACUUGCCCCCAUAUGUUGAUUGCGACUCGGCUGGCUUCAGAAAUAACAGGAGUAACUUGACUUUAAAGUUCUCAAGUGAUUUUGAGAAAGCUCAGAAAGCCAUGGAGUUUUGCUCGGAUGUUUGCGCGGUAUAUUUCCCCGCAGACCUGGACGUUGUCUUCAACUCGGAAAUUGAGAAUGAACUUGCUGUCGACAUAUGCGAGUGGCGCUUUUUCCCGUGCUUUAGCGAGUCGCUCAAGCGUUUAGCAAUCAGCAUGUCUCGUCUUUCUUCUCUCCAGAUAGAUUUGAGUUACGAGCGAAGAACUCUGCUUCACCAUCACCUUGUCUGGAUUUUCCUCAUGGAUGAAGUCUGUGAAAGAUUGCCGUUACUUGGACUGCACGAUACCAUGGAGAGAAAAUAUCUCGAAAACCUCAAGAAUAUCACAAUGGAUCUUCCUAUUGAAGAUCUGAAUCAAUACAAGGGAAUUUGUCCUGAUGAUCUGCUCCAGGUGGCUCUCGACGUGCAAAGGAUUCUCGCUGAGGAUCUAAUGCCACUUAAAAGAGCAUUGCUGGAAGAAAGUCACGUUCAGAAGUGCUCUGAGACACUUUGCCUUUUCUUUGAUAAUCAAUAUGAGGAGGGAAAGAUCUUUUUCAAACGACCGACGACCCACCAAAUCAUGUCAACCAGGGGUUAUACAAUCGGUACCAAUAUGGUUUUCCUUCUUUUUUUGCAGACACCUAUGGUUGACCUCUACAACGCGGAUGAUCCGGGUCUUGUUCAGCUUUCCAUCCUUGUUGCUCUUUUCCAUGACUUUAUUGGCUUGCAGAAGGACCUUGAUUCUCUCAAGCAAGAUUGUGACGGCUCUGUCGGCUUGAAUCUUGUCAGAGUGAGUAUGCAAGAGAGCGGACACGACGAAAAAGAAGCAUUGCAGACAGUGGUCCGGAGAUUGAAUUCCUAUUGCCACGGCCUCGAAUUCUUUAUGUCUGCUUAUACUCCCUUAUGCAAGCAACUUUAUCAGGAGAUAUUGAAGUUCGUCUUUGCUCUCUAUGAUUACCAUCUGCUGGGUGCCACAGAAAGCUCCAAUAGCCGUUAUGGCUGGCAUCGCGUCAGUGACUAUAAAGCAUAG